AGGCGGGGCGCGGGCCGGGCCGGCGCGGAAGUCCCGGCAGCCUCGCCGCCAUGUCGUCCGGGGACGAUGGCUCGGGCCUGAGCAGCCAGGAGGGUCCCCCGCGCGCAGCCGCCCUGCUGUGCGGCCUAUACCACGAGGCGGGCCAGCAGCUGCGGCGCCUGCAGGACCAGCUGGCCGCCCGCGACGCCCUCAUCGCGCGCCUGCGCGCCCGCCUGGCCGCGCUCGAGGGCCACGCGGCGCCGUCGCUCGUGGACGCGCUGCUGGAGCAGGUGGCGCGCCUCGGGGAGCAGCUGCGGCAACACGAGGGCGGUGGCCAGGAGGCGCAGCUGCGCCAGCAGGAAGUGGAGAGACUCACCCGGCGCCUGGAGGACAGAGAGCGGGUGCUGCAGCAGGUCCUGAGCCAGCCGUGGCAUGAGCAUGACAAGGAGGUGGCCCUGCUGCGGAGGAGCGUGGCAGAGAAGGAGCGGGCCCGGGCCGCCAGCGGCCUGCUGUGCCGCUCGCUGGCCGGCGAGACCCAGCAGCUUCGCAGGACGCUGGCCGCCACCGCCCACAUCUGCCAGCACCUGGCCAGGUGUCUGGAGGAGCGGCCAUGCGCACAGGGGGCCGUGGGGGACAAAGGCCCGGACAAGCCAGAGCGGACGGGUGGGGACGCCGCUGUCCAGGCUGUCGUUGAGAAGUUACAGGAGGAAAAUCGGCUGCUGAAACAGAAAGUGACCCACGUGGAAGAUCUCAACGCCAAGUGGCAGCGCUACGACGCCAGCAGGGACGAGUAUGUGAGGGGGCUACAGGAGCAGCUGCGGGGGCUGCCGGCGCCCCGGGAGCCUGAGCUGAUGAGGAAGGAGAUCUCCCGGCUCAACCACCAGCUGGAGGCCAAGAUGCGCGACUGCGAGGCCCUGAGGACUGCCCGGGAGGCUGCCCUGGAGCGCGUGCAGAUGUUGGAGCAGCAGAUCCUCGCUCACAAGGAUGACUUCAUGUCGGAAAGGGCAGAUCGGGAGCGUGCUCAGAGCAGGAUUGAGGAGCUGGAGGAGAGGGUGGCCUCACUCCUCCGGGCGCCCCGGGGACAGGACCCCCGAGAGCUGGGUGCCAGCUGGAUCCAUGGCGGGAGCAAGACGGCCAUGGUAGACACCGACGUGCUGGAGCUCGAGGCACCCGGGGGCUGGAGGCUGGAAGCCCCUGAGGAGGGUGGGCGCCCCAGCACAGCCCAGAGAGGACAGGGCGACCUCCAGUGCCCGCACUGCCUGCGCCACUUCAGUGAUGAGCAGGGCGAGGCGCUCCUGGGCCACCUGGCGGAGUGCUGCCAGUGAGGGGCCACCCGGCCGCAGAUGCGCGCUGAGGUGGCCAGGUGGGGAGACCGCUCUAUGAGGUGCAGCUCAGAGCGCCCUCGGUCCCUGUGGCUGCAGACAGGCAGGUUGGUGGUGCCCAGCAGAGCGUGGCGGUCUCCUCUGCUGGAGUGCAGGUCCCCACACUGCCAGGGAAGCCAGACCCGUCCCCGUGUGCCAGGAAGGAGUAGCCCCGGAGCCACGUCCUGCUCCACAGUGUCCCACGUGUCCCCACCCAGUGCAGAGCCAUGUCACACCGGGGGCUGUCGCACUGAACACUUGCACUGCAGUAGCGUUUGUCCCAUAUCUGGAGGUGAAAUACAUAUGGUUAUCAGUAACAUCCUCACUGCCAUGACUGCUCUGGGACCUCAGGCUGGGGACAUUCCUGGCUCACUCUGAGAGGAGCUGAGGGCAGCAGAGAGGGGCACCGCUGUGCCAGCUCUUCAGCAGCUGCACAGCCAGGCAGAUGCCUCAGCUCCCAGUCUUACCCACACUCCUGGGCGUGCAGCCCCAAUGUCGCCCUGGACAGGACCAAGGCCUUGAGCUGGGAGCUGACCCCAGGAUCUUCCAGGUGCUGGUAUUGCGGGGUUUGGCAGCAGCCAUGGACGCUCCGAGGUGACCCAGCACACUGCCCUUGGCUGCCUGUCCUGGUCCUGGCCUGGGCAGUGAAGGAGGGCCUGGCAGGGAGCGGGCCAAUCUCCGGGCAGAGACAGUCAGCGGGAGCCGUGCUGUACUUCUCUCCUUCAGUCCCGCAGCCCAGAGCCCCACAUUUCCAUGCACCUCAGCUCUCGGUUGUGGGUCAGGUGUCCCCUCCCCGGUGCAGCCCCCAUGGGCCCCUCAGUGCUGCUGGAGGAAUGGGGCUACCUGAGCACAGAAAUGGGGGGCAGCUUUGCUCCUGAGAGAGGAGCCCCAGGCAGAGGAGCUCCAAACCCCUACUGACCCUGAGAUGUGAGCCUGAGGACCUUGGGGAGCCCUGGGAGGGAGCAGAACUGGGGGAGUUCUGACCAUGCUAAAGGGAGCAGUCGGGAUCUGAGUCCGGGGGAACUUGGUAACCCCUAGCCCGGCACAUGCCGGGAGCAAGGUCACCCAGGAUGAAUCAGAACAGCCUUGCCCUACAGAACCACCCAAGUUCCAGGGGGCCAAACACAGACUUCCUUUUUUCCUUUUUUUGAGAUAGGGUCUCGCUGUGUAGUUCGGGCCUUGAACUCAGUAUGUAGCCCAGGCUGGCCUCAAACUUAGAGAUCUUCCUGCCUCAGCCUCCUAAGUAUGGGGAUCACAGCUGUGGCCAGUUAAAAAACCCAAUACUGGGCCGGGGAUUUAGCUCAGUGGUUCCGGCGUCUGCCUCCCAAGCGCAAAGUCCCGAGUUCGAUCCCUGGUACCACAAAAAAAAAAAACCAACAAAAAUACCCAAUACUUCACAAAAAGACGACAGAACUGGGGUCUCAGACUGUUAGCCCAGCCUCAGGGCUUACCAGAGUGGAGUCUGAGAUAACGUAUUUCUGGAAAUAAAGGGAUGUGAAAUAAAAUGAAGUCAGAAUAAAGGUAUUUUAGACAAACACAAGCUAAAAAAAUUUAUAUCCCUCAGGCUGUCCUAGAAGAAAUACCUGUAUUAUAGAAAUUGUUCACACUGUGCCGGGGAUAGUGGCCCACGCCUGUAAUCCAGCUACUUGAGAGGCUGAAGCAGGAAGAUCGCAAGUUCAAGGCCAGCCUGGGCAACUUAGAUGUUGUUUCAAAAUAAAGGGGGCUGGGGAUGUAGCUCAGUGGCAAGUGUUUGCCUCGCCUGUGUGAGGCCCUGGGUGGUCUUCAACAUUGCAAAAAAGAAAAAUUAUUCAGCCUAAAGGAAAAUGAUCUGUAUAGAAGAAUAGAAACAAAAGAAUAAAGAGCAUGAGUGUGAGUAGAGGUGAAUAAGCAAUGGUUUAAAACACAUGUAAAGGUACGGUGGACCAAGAUGGUGGCGCCCAGUGAGGGGCAGGCGUUUGCCUCGGGGCUUGAAAAGAAUUGGGGUGUUGUUCGUUCCCGUUCCCGGAAAGUCCAGCAGCUGAUAGAUGGGGGGAUUGCCUCGGAAGAGGGAGGAGCAGAGGCAAGAGUUCUCCAGUUAGCCCUGGGUCUGGGGCAGGAUCACUGGAGAGGGCUGGGGGAAUUUAGGCCUGGAGGGAGAGCAGAGGCUGGGGAGAGUCCGAGCGACUUUGCCUGUGGGGGUGGCUUCCUGGGUUUUGAAAGAGGUUUCUAUGAUUGAUGGGCUCUGAUUUCCUCAGAAUUUACUUAAUUCUGCACCAGGGGCAGACUUUUGUCCUGAGAUUUUUGGGGGCGGAAAAGAGGGCCAUUAAGUGAAUGAACGUCCGUAACUUCUUUUUUUUUUGGUACCAGGGAUCGAACUCGGGUCCUUGCGCUUGCGCAGCAGGCGGUGAAACCACUGAGCUACAUCCCCGGCCCAUCCAUAACUUCUUAGUUGGGGUUCCAGCCCUUUUUGAGCCAGAGACCCCUUCGGCAGUCUAGUAAAGCUUAUGAGCCAUUUUUUCUGAAAAAAUGUUUUAAAAUUCAUACAGCAAAUUACUCAGGAUCAUCUUUUUCUUCUGUUGCUUCUUUUUUUAAAGCUAGGGUUACACUGUGUUGCCCAGAUUGGCCUUGAUCUCACUCUCAACUCUCAGGAAACUGGGAUUACAGGCGGGCGCCACCACAUCUGAUUACCGAGGAUUACAAAUGAAGCCAAUUACUUUAGAAUGUAGUUAAGAGAGUGGAAGAGAAAAAAAUGUGCAUUAAUGUGCUUUUUUAUUAGUUAGACAACACGUAGUACGUCUACUAUCAACCAUAAUUUUGAAAUAAUGUUGAAUGCAAAUAGUAUUUCAAAACGUGGCCAACAACCAUAACGUGAGAAAAUUAUUUCCAUAUGUGACAGAUUCACAGAUACUGCCUAUACUACAGUGGCUCUUAAAAAGCCUUCAUAAUUGAAGAAAUACUACUUCUCAGAGAGGCUAGUGAAAUGUCAUUUUAUUCCCAUCCAAAUUUGUAGAUAGUUUUUUCCAAGAACCACAUCUUCCUCAGGCUUUGGAUCUGAGGUAGAUUCUUAAAAUAAAUUUAUUUCUUUCAAGCCAAAAAAAAAAAAAAGAAAUGGCCACAACCACUCAUUAGGUGUGUGUACAUGGGGUGUAUUUAAUGGACUUGCACUACUGUAAGAUUUUUGCAUUGAUUUAAGGUGGGCUGUAAUUAAGGAAGCAUAUUGGAAUUUCUAGAGUAAACCAUUAAAACAGUGUAAAAUACUUAAUAAAAAGCUAAUAGGAGAGCUGGGGAUUUAGUUCAGUGGCACUGCGCUUGCCUCACAAGCACAAGGUCCUGAGUUCGAUCCCCGGUACCAAAAAAAAAGAAAGCUAAUAGGAGCUGGGCAUGGUGGCACAUACCUAUAAUUCCAGCACUUGGGAGACUGAGGCGGGAGGAUCCCCGUGAGUUUGAGACCAGCUUUCCUCUCUCUUUUUCGCGGUGGAGGCUCUGGGCGGCAGUGUUCCUCACACCAAGGGUGGCUCUGUGCACACAGGCCAGGGACUCCCCGCGGCUCUGCCCCUGCUCUUGACACCCUUGGUUUGUCUGGAGAUUUUCCUGCUCUGAACAAUUUGUGUGCACCCCUCCACCUUCUGCCUCCUUCUCUCUCCUUACUGGGGAUUGCACCAGGUCCUUUGCACUGCACUACAUUCCCAGCACUCUUAAUUCAUUUAUUCAUUUUGGGUUUUGUGACAGGUUCUCACUAAAUUGCUCAGUCUUGUGACCCUCCUCUUCAGCCUCCUGAGGAGCUGGGAUUACAGGUGUAUGCUGCCACUUCCAGUUUAUAUUAAUUUUUAAAAAUUCUUUUUCUCCCUGUUCUUUAGCAUGCAAUAAUGUAUCAAACUAGUGUCAAAUCCCCUUUUGUUUUGUACUCAGGGCCUUUGCAUUGAGCUAUAUACCCAGCCCUUUUUAUUCUGAAAUGGGUCCUACUAAAUUGCUGUAGUUGCCGAGGACAGGCUUGAACUUGCAGUCCUCCUGCCACAGCUUCUAGAGUGCUGGCAGUACAGGUAUGCCCCAAUGUGCCUGGCUAAUUUUUUAUUUCAGUGAUUAUGCUUUUCCAAUUCUGUAGUUUCCAGUUGGUUCUUUGAAACGAGUCAUGAUCUGUCGAUGAAUCAUUACCAUCAUACCGUUGUCCCCAUCUUCCCAUCUCUAAUCAUGGUUCCUUCAUUUCUGUGGCCUUCCCUUACCUACACUGGGGGUUUAACCUGGGGCCUUGCACGUGCCAGGCAAGUGCUCUACCACUGAGCUACAUCCCCAACUAGAUUUUAAAAGUUUGGGUUUUUUUUGGUACCUGGGAUCGAACUCAGGACCUUGUGCUUAUGAGCCAGGCGUGGUGCCACUGAGCUAAAUUCCCAGCACUUAGGAGUUUUUGGGUUUUUUUUGGUAUCGGGGAUUGAACUCAGGUUCUUGCGCUUGCGCAGCAGGCGGCAAAACCACUGAGCUAAAUCCCUGGCCCACCAGUUUUGUUUUGAUGAAGGGUCUUGCUAAGUUGCCCAGACUGGCCUUGAACUCACAAUCCUCCCGCCUCAGCCUCCCAAUUAGCUAGGAUUACAAUCAUGUGGCACUGCACCCAGCUAUGUAAAAGUAUUUUUCUGGUAAAUCUGACAUCUACUUUCUUUCACAAAGUGUCUAUUUUUUUUUUUUUUUUGGCACCAGGGAUCAAACUCGGGACCCUGCGCUUGUGAGGCAGGCGGCAGAACCACUGAGCUAAAUCCCUGGCCCAGCAGUGUCUGCUUUUAAUUUUUCCCUCACGGGUGUAUAGAACAUACCUUCCUGUUCCUUCGAGCUUUGCACUUUUAUUGGAAACUUGAAGUUUUAGAUAAUACAGCAGCUUCUCCUCCAGUUUUGCGUCCUGAAGUUUGUUACCUGUGGGCAACUAUGGUCUAAAAUUACCAGAUGGAAAAUUCCAGAAGGAAUCCUAGGCUUGGACUUUCGAAGUGUGCCGAGUAGGGCAGUGAUGCAGUCUUGCUCCACCCCACUGUGUGCAUGUUUCUCCUUCGCCAGCUGCGCGCUGCCCGCCCAUUCCCAGGUCAGUCAGCCAGAACAGAGACAAGGUGGAGGGGCUGGUGAGCUGGACAAGCUGAGGAGCAGUGUAGAAUGCUUUCUUCACAUGGAAGGGUGAGCACUCUCAGUGAGGAAACAAACUGUGCUAAGGGUGCUGGUGUCUGUGAUGAGGAUGCACCUACUUGUGAAACUGUGAAGCAGGGUUUACGCUGGCUUUGCUGUCACACCUCAAACUGCAAAGUCACGACCACUAUGCAUGGUGAUUACUUAGGGACAGAAACAAGUGCCAGGGCUGCUGCCUGCAGGGUCAGGGGUCUCCUGGGGACCCUAGACUGCACUCCCUGCAGAAAAUGGCAGAAAACGGAAAUAAUCCUUGGUUCUAAGCCUAGCCCUGUAUUAGUCAGCUUUCUAUUCCUGAGAUGCAGUACCAGACAUCCAUGGCUUAGAGGAGAGGUGGACUUUGGCUUACGGUUUCACAGGGUUCAGUCCAUGGCUGCCAGGUCCACAGCAGGAAUGUCAUAGAGGAAGGGUACAGCAGAGCAAAGGUGCAUGGCAGCUGGAGCAGAGGGCAGGAGAAGAGCCAGAGGAAGGGGCAAGAGACCAGGUCCUGCCCUCAUGAACCCCACAGAUAAGCAGAAGUGUCUGUUACUACCACCUGGGUGGCUCCUGAGCCAAUCACGUUGACAAUCUAGAUGAACCAUCACACAGCCAUUUUUGUUGUUGCUUUUGGUACUGGGGAUCAAACUCAGGACCUUGACUUUUUUUUUUUUGGUACCAGAGGUUGAACUCAGGUCCUUGUGCUUGCAAGGCAGGCGAUGGAACCACUGAGCUAAAUCCCUGGCCCAGUACCUAGACUUUUUAUUUUCAGGGUUUUUUUCAGUCAUCUGUUUUUUUGUUUUUUUUUUUGGUACUGGGGAUUGAACUGGGGUCCUUGCGCUUGCGCAGCAGGCAGUGAAACCACUGAGCUAAAUCCCCGCCCCCUCAGCCAUCUGUUUUAAACAUUAAUAUAUAUGACAUCAAACUCACUGGUAAUACCUGGUGAAAUUUCUAAUCUGCGAUUCAUUCUGUCCAGCCUAUUUUUCAUUUCAGAUUGUUUUCCUCAGAUCUCCUUGUGUCCCCUUCCCCUCCUGUCCUGUGUCCCUCCAGGUGCCUGCCUGGUAACUCACCGCUCGGGGCCUGUUUCUCUGGGCUUUGCACGGCCUGGUGACUGGACACUGAUGCUUUGUUCUCCUUGGCUGAGGCGGGAGGUGUGCAUCCCAUAGAGCACGCUGGGCUUCCUGCAGCAGCUGUGACGUGGGCUCUUGAGGUCCCUUGGGCUGACUGCACAACUGGCUCCCACCAAGGGGGAUGCCCCAAGCAGGGCCAGCCCAUACCCCCACACCCCCCGCCUCCUGGCCGGCCCAGCCAUCUGCUGACUGCUGUCUGGUUUAUAGGGUUCGGGCAACAGGCAGGGGAGGGCUCAGCCCAAGGUUGAAGGGGCCUGUCACGGUGGGUCCUGGUUCUGGGGUCCUGGCUGCCCUGGCUCUCUGUGGCUGGGGAGCGGGCAGAGCUCUUCGGGCUGGGCUCAGCCCCCUGCCCUCCCCGUCACUGUGCAGUCACUUCGUGUCAUGGGAGCUGUGUGCAUAACCUCACACGUGCAAAUGUGUAUACAUUUUUGCUUUUCUCUUGAGUGGACGGUGCACAUCUGUAAUCUCAGCACUUUAGGAGGCUGAGGCAAGAGGAUGGUGAGGCCUAGCCUAGGCAACUUGGCAUUUUACUAAGAACCUGUCUCAAAAAAUACAUCUCUGUAUACGUGUGUCUAUCUGGCUGUGAAAUACAUGUAUGAGAAAGCAUUAAUCCUUACUUUUCCUUACCAUCUCAUUUGGUUUCUGAGAGGGGGUCUUGCUAUGCUGUCCAGCCUCAUCUCAAAGUCCUGGGCUCAAGGGAUCCUCCUUCCUCAGCCUCCACAGUAGUGGGGAUUACAGGCAUCCACCAACACGCCCAGAUAGUUGGGACUUUUUUAUGGCAUGAAUAUGUAUAUGAAGAUCAAUAAAAUUUUCCAUGUUAA